UUUGGCGGUUCACGUGUUUCCUUGUUGGCUUAAACCCGCUGCGGCCAGGCUAUCCGCUUUAGUAUAGUACUUCAAAGACUGGGCUGUUGCGGUUCUGUUUGUUCACUAUGGUCUUACAGGAAGAUAUUAUUGGUGGUAGUGAGGAACGUAAAGAUGUCCAGGAAAAAUGCUCAACGACUGCAAAAGGUUCCUUGCUCGCCUUCUUGAGUAGGAUGUCUGGAUUUGGACCGCUAAAAUACCUGUUCAUCGUGAUUCGGAGGUUGUCAACUUGGGCCACUUUCUCGGCGCCAGUGGAGGAAAUAAAAGCUGCUGACACUAAUGCGCUGAAGGAAAGGCGCUGGGUUACAGGGAAGAAACGCCUGAACAGAUUAGCUCGAUUUGUGUUUGCUAUAGCACCCUACAGACUGCAACAGAUGCUUGGCUUCCCUGUGCACAGCAGUUUAGGUCAAGGUGAAAUUUCAGAUGAACUACGAUCAUCGCCUAAUAAACCAUAUGGCAAAGGAAGCAAAAGGAAGCAAGAUGAUCUAGCUGAUGAAGAACUCUGCUGGUUUGAAUCUUUGUCCUGUGAUCUGCCAGAAGAUGAUGAUUCAGUGGAGGAUCCUACUUAUGAGCCCAGCAAAUGCUGUACUGACUCUGAGGAAGUCAGUGAGGAGCACAGGGAAUGUAAUGAUACAGAGACUGACUUGGAGGUAGAGGAGACUGGAGACUCUGGCUUUUUGAGACUGAAAGAGACUCCACUUUGCGAGCGGAGUGAAAAUGAUGCACCUUGCAUUGAUUCUGACAAGCAUAUCAAUUCUUAAGAUUGAGAAGCUGAGUAUGACUGAAUUUUCUCCAUAAAUAUUUGUGAACUUUUGUAAUUUGAAUCAACUGUACUU